CUCGUAUAUAAGGGGCGCGUAGGCGCGCGCGCGCACACUCGCUCACACCUCUCUCUCGCCGCACGAUCGAUUUCCCGCCCUUUGUCAUUUCCACCGGCGCGCGAGUUCCUCUACGCGAUCCAAGCGAGUAAAACCGCCAUGAGUUCCACGGACUUCCGCCUGGAGCGCAGCCAGGAGCUGUCGGCGGAGACGCGUGCGCUGGCCGAGCAGGAGCUACGCGAGACCCCCGAGCGCGUGCGCGAGGCGCUGGAACGGCUGCGCGAACUGCUCAAAGAGAACAAGGACCUGAACUUUGCGGAUGACGAUGAAACGCUUACAAUCUUUCUCCGUCCCUGCAAGUGGUACCCGGAAAGCGCUCUCGCACUGAUGCGAAGGAUAGCAGAGUUCAAGCGCGACAAUGCGUCGUUGCUAGACGGGUUGAUGCCCGACCACGAGAAGGAUGCCUUCCUCAACCACAACGUGGUGAACGUCAUGAAGGGCCGCGACCACAAGGGUCGGCGGGUGCUCAUCGUCAACGCAGGAGGUUCCUGGGACCCGAAGAAGGUGAACGCGGACCAGCUGUUCCGGCUGUUCUACCUGAUCCACGAGGCCGCCAUGCUGGAGCCGGAGUCGCAGGUGCGCGGCACCGUCGUCAUCAUGGACUUCAACAACAUGGGCUGGACGCAGACAAUGGGCCUGACGCCGUCGUUCUCGAAGCGGCUUCUGACGUUCAUCCAGGACGCCAUGCCGCUACGGCUGAAGGAGGUGCAUUUCGUCAAGCAGCCCAUGGUCUUCAAUGUUGUCUGGAACAUGUUCAAGCCCUUCGUUAGGGAGAAGCUCAAGAACAGAAUCUUCUUCCACGGCUCGAAGAUGCCGUCGCUGCACAAGUGCCUGGCGCCGUCGCACCUGCCGUCCGACUACGGCGGCGAGCUGCCCGCCAUCGACUACCGCGGCGCCGAAUGGUACCCCGUCAUCAACGAGAUCAUGCCGCACAUCGAGAAGUGGAACUCCUUCGGGUUCGCCAAGACCUCGUAAAUGCAUUUAGUGGUUUUUACUCCUCGGUGAAGCGCAUUUGUCUGCAUGGUGUCGUGUGUUGACAUAUAUUUAAAAUUGAUCUGGUGUCAAUACAGCCAACCAAAACUAUGCAAAAAAUAGUCUGAACAAUAGUUCAACACCAGAUAAACUUCCGAGAUCUAGGUCCUCGAGGUUACAAAUAGGUAUCUCGAAUUCCUAUAGGACUUUAUUAGAUGGCUAUAAGCAAGUUUAAUAUGCGUCAACACAAAUGUCCCUUUCACACGUUUAACAAAUGCUCUUCGCUAAUGUUUUAAUUAUGUGGAUAAGCCACAAACUGUAUACAACGACCCCUUGUAUUCGACAAGCCGCUCCCGUGGGGUGUAAAUGGAUUCCUUUCACAUACGACCUCGAGGUCCUAGCUAAUUGUAAGAUAAAGGGGUCAGAGUAGAUUAAUAGAAGAUUGCCAUACACAAGUGUUUCUAUACAGCAAGCCUACAAAGGCUGCUGUUCAGAUUAGGGUUCUUAGUUAAUUACGUAAUUAGUGUCGCAUGAAUGCCCAUGACAACUGUUGUGAAUGUCUUUAUGGAUUAGUUAUGUAGGUUACUUUAAGUUAUUGUAAUAAUAAUCGUUAUGAAUGGUCGGAGCAGCUGCAAUGUUUAGAGUGAGUGUUGAUGCAAAUAAUUAUAACACAAAAAUUGCAUGUCUUCGUUUUACUUCGAAACGACUGGUUCAAAAUAUUAUUGAAAUGUUUGCAUCAUUUUACGGAAAAGUGGGUGAAUAUCAUGACAUUUAUAUACUAUGUAUGAAAAAUAUUUUAUUAAAUUAUGUUUUAUAAAUAUAUAAUAUAAGCUCAAAUGUGGUUCGAUUUUAAAUUGUGACAUGAAAUUGUGUGCCUUUUACAAUUAUGAUUCAAAUAUACAGAGGCUGUGAAUGUUAUGUAGUAUGUGCCAGUUGAUUACCAUGUUCACCAAAAUGUAGAUUUAGGUAUAAAUCGUCAACUUGUAUGUGAUAUAUAUUAGAAACACGGGCAAAGGAGACAACUCUCUAGCCUCGUGGAUAGAUUGCAAACAGUAACAGGGUCGAAUUUUAACCACUAGCCAAACUCUGCGUAAUGACUUUAUAGGUGAUACUAAACAACUUUUAUUAUGGGACCAAUGCAGAAAUUGCGAAUACAUUCCGGCUGAUGUGAUGCCGCUGAUUUCUAUGGGACAGCCAAAUUUUUUUUCGCGAUUUCGGCAUUGGUCCCUUCAUUUAAGUUGAUCAGUAUGACCUUAACCCUUUACCAGGCUGACAGUUCAAAAUUGACAAUCGAAUGUCAAUCUUACUCAUCGAAAAUAGAACACAUGUUUGAAGUGCCGUAUGUG